UGGUGCGGCAGCAUCAUAUACUACCUCUGCACUGAGGACACAACUCCCACCACUCCACAGCAAAUAAACAUCAACAGUACAGUGCUGCGAGGAUCCUGCUGCAUCUGAUGCCAGCGUGGUGAAGGGCACACUGCCGCCCUUACCCAAGUGGCCCUUCAUGAAAUAUUAUCUCAGACAGCACUUUAUUAAAGGAGUGAUGAAAUUCAUGAGGGCCACAGCUCCGCGUCUAUUCCCGUCACAGUUUACGAGGCUUGAAGUGGCGUGUUGAGGGCCGCGAGGCACCCAGGGCUCAAGACACACGCCACUCUGCUCUACGCCGCAUUCCGCCACGGUCGCGUUGGUUAGGUGUUCUGGCCAGCAAUUGUCUGCGAUGAAGUUUCUUGUGCUCUUCGCCAUGGGCGUGGCCGUGGCCAUGGCAAGCAGCACGCCUCCCCCCGCUGAGGGAAACAGCUGUUCAGGCCUCAAGGACGAUCGCUCCCUUCUGUCCAGCCUACUAACGGUCGCAGGCUACAAUGACACUUGUGUGGCCGCCGCCCUGGACUCCUGUAGGACUGGACGAGAGGACAGCCGCCACGCGCCCCUCGUGGAGGAGGCGAGGGAAGUGGUGCAGCAGGUCAGUGCUGCUGUAAACAAAUGGGAGUCUCGGCCGCGUCACUGCAAGGACUUACUGGACUCCGGGGACAGCGGGAGCGGCCUGCGCCAGGUAUACCCUUACCCUGGGCGACCCCACCACCGCGUGCCCGUGUUCUGUGACCACACCGUCGACGGCGGGGGAUGGACCGUCUUCCAGCGGCGCACCAGUGAUGCCGUCCGCCAAGAUUUCUUCCGCACUUGGGUCGAGUAUCAGUUGGGCUUUGGUGACCUGGAGGGUGAAUUCUGGCUGGGCCUUGACCUUCUGCACCAGCUGACCUCCACCACCCUGCAGCAGCUACGAAUUGACCUGGACGAUUACGAGGGAGAACAUCGGUGGGCCAAGUAUGGAUUCUUCCACUUGGGCGCACCAGAGACCAAGUUCCGCCUCAGUGUUGGAAGGUACAGCGGUGACGCAGGGGACAACUUAUCUGUGAAAAGCGGCAACUCGUUCAGCACGCAUGAUGCUGACAACGACACGUCGGGUGAAAAUUGUGCCAAAAAAUACCGUGGUGCUUAUUGGUAUGGUGCUUGCCACAGUUCUAACCUGAACGGCUACCAGUAUGUGGGCAACCACACCUCCUACGCCGAUGGCAUCAACUGGAAAAAUUGGAAAGGCUACCACUACUCACUGAAGCGAACGUCCAUGAUGAUCCGCCCCGCCUUCUGAUCCCCUCUCUUGUUGGCUGCAGCAGGCACAGUGGGAGGCGUGCACACAGGCACACAACACUGCACACAACGCGGUUCCAGACCAUCACCACCACCUCUCCAAGCUCCCUCUCUGACGUGACUCUCAGCCUGAGCCGCUCUCUCCCGCAAACCCACGGAGUGGCUGGCCCCUCACAGCCCGAGUCACUGCGCUGCUUGCUUCAUCACACGGCAACGAGACGUGCACACCGUGCGUCCCUGCACCGGGCUGAGCGUGGUCAUAGUCACGUGAUGGUAUUAUGUAUUUCAUUAUAUCCUGUGUAAAUAGUGUAAGUACCAAUUACGAUUAGCUGUAUUAAUAAUCAGGAUGACUCGUAGUUUUAUCUUGCAAGCUAGAAUACGUGGUCUUAGGUAUCGUCUCUCUCUCUCUCUCUCUCUCUCUCUCUCUCUCUCUCUCUCUCUCUCUCUCUCUCUCUCUCUCUCUCUCUCAA